AUGGGCCCCACAGCUCCAGCAGUCGUUGCUCCUGGGCCCACCAUCCCUGUCGGCCCCGCCGCUCCUGCGGUCAUUGCUCCAGUGGGUGUCAUUGGUCCGGUGGUUCCUGGUGUUCCUCCGGCUGCUCCUGGAUUUGAUAUACCCCCUGGCUUUACAGCCACACUGGGAGUUGAUCUCCCAUAUCCGGCUCAGCUGAAUGACAUUGCACCAUUCUAUUGCAUCACCCGUGGAUGCAUCGUCGGAGUUUACACGGACUGGAGCCUCGUUGCUGCAUACGUGCAUGGUGUUUUGGGUGCAUUCUGCAAGAAGCACCCUACGUACACUGCAGCCAUCAGCGCCUUCAAUACCGCCCUCGCCCGUGGCACUGUGCAGGUGGUUUGA